GAGUGCCACCCGGGAGGCGCCCCCGAGACGGUGUGCAAAGGUCUUGUGCCCAACCAUUUGGUGCCCUCACAGACCGCUGCCUCGCCUUACGUAUUGGUUGGACAGCAGAACAGCGACUCAAUUGAACUAAUCAUUGAAAGUUCGCAAAACACACCUUUCCGUGGGUUUGCAGUUCAGGCACAUCUGACCAACGGAUCCAAUGGAUUCAAUAGCGCCGCUCUGGGAAAGUUUGUGCCUAAAGACAGUAAUAUUCAUACAAUCAAUUGCUUCGGACAACAAGAAAAUACGAUAACACAUUCGGACAGAAGUGACAAACACCGCGUGUCUGUGGUUUGGGUCCCACCCGAAGACUUACCCAAAGGAACUCACAUUCUGUUUGUGGGCACUAUUGUGAAGGACAAGAAGACCUUUUGGACGAAUCAGACCUCUCAACACAUUAUCAUCAGU